AUUUCACGAAAUUCUUUAUAAUAAAUAAUUACAUACAUAGAUACUAUAUAUUUUUAUUUUUCAUAAAUGCUGCAUAAAUCAUUGGUUGACGUUUAAAAUGUUAGGAGGGAAAGAUGGGUACGAUUUUCAGAACAAAAAAUAUAAUCUGCCUCUUACAUCGCUCUCCAUUAAACGUGUGCUGUGCCGCUACAACAACAAGUGUGUGCUGUAAACGAUGUUUAAAAACUAUGAUGGACUACACACCUAACUCCACGGACAGUAAAGCUCUGGCCGUCGCUUUGGAAGAGGUGCAGAAAAGUGUAAUUGGUAUACCUAUAAUGAUAGGUAGAAAUGAAAUUGUUGGUCGAGAUGGGCAAUAUCAACUUCACCCACACAAUCAUAAACGUGCUCUAGUUAAGUUUUUCUAUGCCAACACUCAACAAGUCAAAUAUGGAAUAGAAACAGCUUUAGGUAGCAAGGAAGACUGGCAAAAUACCAAACUGAAGGAACGGGCGGAAAUCUGGAGAAAAUGUGCAGACAUCAUUGCAGAGGAAGACCGUCACAAGUUAAAUGCAGCUAUAAUGGUAGGACAAGCAAAGACGGCCUUGGAAGCAGAGAAAGAUACUUUCCAAUUAAUAACUCUUUUGCGUAAAAGUGCAGAGUAUAUUAUGCGUCUAGCGGAUAUACACCUUACCAAUUAUCAACCGGACUGUAUUAAAACAACAUAUUUUCAACGACCACUAAAUGGGUUUGUUGCUGCUAUAUCUCCAUUUAAUCAUAACAACUUUUCUGCUCACCUCGCCUUAAGUCCUGCACUCAUGGGCAACUGUGUGCUGUGGAAACCGUCCAAUUAUAGUCUGUAUUCUGAUUACUUGAUUUGGAGUGCUACGAAAAAAGCCGGUCUGCCUCCAGGGGUUCUUAACUUCAUACCUUGCAACGGUAAUUUGUUUGUGGACGUCAUUACAAAAUCACCUUACUUUGGCGGCUUGAAUUUCUCUGGCAGGACGUCUAGUUUUCAAGACAUAUUUAAUGUUGCUUAUCUGCGGGUUAAUAAUUUCAAAAGUUAUCCACGGGUAGUGGCGGAGUGUAGCACAAAAAAUUUUCAUUUUGUCCAUGAAAGUGCGGAUGUGAAUGUUACUGCAAGUGCCACUGCACAAGCUGCAUUCGAAUAUUCAGGUCAAAAAUCUGCCUCUUGCUCGGGCAUUUACGUUCCUGAAACUCUAUGGGGUCCAUUAAAAGAAGCACUAUUAGAUCAGUUAGUUUGCAUCAAGGUUGGAGACCCAUGCGAUCCCACAACGAUAAUAUCGGCUGUAAUAAGCGAAAUAUCUUAUGAACGUAUAAUAAAGUUUAUUAAAAAUGCCAGCAAUAAUUCGAAAUGUCAAAUAAUUUAUGGUGGCGAUUUUUGCAAAACACAUGGAUACUUCAUUGAACCAACUGUUGUUGUAUGCAGUGAUCCUUUAGAUCCACUCAUGAUCAAAGACAUCUGUGGGCCAAUACUAAGCGUUUAUGUGUAUAAAAACAAUGAAUUAGACAACAUUAUAAGCUUGUUAAGAAAAGAAUCCAGAUACGCAUAUACAGCGUCGGUAUUCGGCGAUUCGAAAACUACUUAUCAACUAAUUGAGAGAUUGAGCUCAGUCUCAAAUAACUUUUACAUCAAUCAAGGUUGCACCGGCAAUAUUAUGGGACAUCCUAAAUUUAGUGGUACCCGUCUAUCGGGAACUAACGAUCACAAAAGCUCCAAAUUUUAUUUUAUGCGAUGGGCAUGUCAGCAGCUAAUUGAAGAGCCAAUAGAUAACGAAUCUACGACAGAUAAAACCCAAUAGAUAAAGCAAGCAGUAAUCACGAAUACCUUCACCCGCACAAAAAAACUCCAUAAAGAAUCUUUGAAUGGAAUUUCUGAAAAAUGGCGUCACAUUUAAUAUAGUUGUAUUUUGUUCUUGCUUGGGGUGAAAUUUAUGAAAGAAAUACAAAGCUAUUGUAAUUUUGACUUGAAACACAAA